AACACGCCAAUUUUAUUGUUUCAUCCAGAAAUUCAACAUAAAUAAUUCUUUAUUUCAGAGGCCACUACACCGCAAGUGGGAGGCAGCGUCACAGUAAACAGAUAAGUUCGUGAUGCUGAUCAGAAGAGCCGGCAGAGGAGUUUUCACAACAAGUUGGAUAAAACCUGAAUGGCCAAGAAGCAUGAGUGCGGCAACAAUGGAAAAUCCCAUCGAGAAUGCUAUCCGGGCCGGACUUUCGAAGGAGCUGGCACCCGUGCAUCUGGAGGUGGUGAACGAAUCGUAUAUGCACAACGUUCCGAAAGGGGCAGAAACACACUUCAAAGUGUUGGUUGUUUCGCCGCAAUUCGAAGGAUUGCCCCCGAUAAAGCGGCACCGAUUGGUGAAUGAUAUUGUGAAAACCCAGCUAGCGGGCGAUUUCGUGCACGCGCUAUCGAUAGUGGCCAAAACACCGCAACAGUGGGAUCCCAACUAUACCCUACAACCUAGCCCCAACUGCAAGGGAGGUUUUGGCAAGUGAGACCUGUUCCGUUGAUAACUACUUAGUGAUAUUAUAAGCCGAACGCAACCGAAA